AUCUCAGAGUGGAUCCCGCACAGUCACGCAAGAACACGCACAUAGAGCACGCGGGGAUGUGUGCAAUCUGAGGACGGCAUUUUUACACAACAGAGAAUCAGCAUCAUGACCAGGUCUGUGCGGGAGGAACAGGCGUCGGUGGAGUCAGAGGAGCAGCAGGAGCUUCUCAGCGCGGAAGAAGAAGAAGACAUAGAGAGAGAAGGAGGAGGAGAAGGGGAGGACGAGGAGGACCACCUCCACCACCUGGAAGACGACGACGAGGAGGACGAGGAAGAAGAUGAAGAGGAGGACGGAGAAAACAAACCCAAAAGACGAGGGCCGAAGAAGAAGAAGAUGACGAAGGCUCGCAUACAGAGGUUUAAAGUUCGUCGGAUGAAAGCUAACGCCAGAGAAAGGAACCGCAUGCACGGUCUGAACGACGCUCUGGAGAGUCUGCGGAAAGUCGUCCCUUGUUAUUCCAAAACGCAGAAACUGUCUAAGAUCGAGACGCUCCGUCUCGCCAAGAACUACAUCUGGGCCCUGAGCGAGGUCCUUCGCUCCGGGAAGGCACCCGACCUCAUGAGCUUCGUCCAGGCUCUCUGUAAAGGUUUGUCUCAGCCGACCACCAACCUGGUUGCAGGCUGCCUGCAGCUGAAUCCACGGACGUUCCUACCCGAGCAGACGCCCGACAUGCCGGCUCACCUCCCCCCUGCUGGCACUGUCACCUACCCUGGACACUUCUCCUACCAGAGCCCCGGGCUGACGGCCGGCCUGCCCAGCCCGCCCUAUGGCACCAUGGAUCCCUCCCACAUCUUCCACCAGGUCAAAGGGCAGCCCUACGGCCCGCUUGAGCCCUUCUUUGAUGGCGUCCUGGUGUCGGACGGCCCGGCGUUUGACCCGCCCCUGAGCCCGCCGCUCAGCAUCAACGGGAACUUCACGUCCUUCAAGCACGAAGCCGUCUCAGCCGCCGAGUACGACAAGAGUUUCUCGUUCAGCGUUCACUAUGGAGGAGGAGGAGGAGCGGCAGGUGGACACCCGGCCAUCUACGGAGGAGGGUCCAACCCGCGGUGCGCUGAGAUGCCGGUGGAUGGGAUGAUGAGCUUUGAUGGACACUCACACCAUGAGCGGCUGAUGAACGCCCAGCUGAACGCCAUCUUCCACGACUCCUGAGGGAGAGGAGGAUGAAGGACUGAGAGGCUGAUGAAGGCAGAGAGACAUACAAAGAAACCGUUAGAUAGAGAGACAGACAGUUCUGUGUCUAUCACUUCAAACCUGUCUUUCUCUGUCUUCUUUUCUGUCUUCAUCAUGUUACUCCUCGUUAGUAUGGUCAUAAAAACGAUGACGUCAUGAUGAUGUCACAUUGAUGAUAUCACCUUCUUUAUAGCGCUUCAUCCUGCAGGAGACGCUCUCUGAAUGUCUCUUUAUUAUCCAUAUUAUCAUUUAAAAAGAAUCAAUAAGCAAUAAUCCGGAAGAAAACUAUGCAAUUUUGUUAAAGUCUGAGCCAAGCUCGGCUGAUAAUUCCAAAUGUUAUAAGAAUAAAGAUUUCUCUAUUUUUGGUCAGUGUGCGAGGCAGUGUGGAGCCGGCGUUGGGGCCGAAGUGUUCAUGUUGUUCAUGUGGUUUUUACUUUUUGCAUUUUAUAAAGUUCCUGUAGUGUUUCUGUUAACAUUUCAUGUGACUCUUGUUUAUAUUUUAUAACAUAGAUGUUUAUGAAGGCCUUUCAUUAAAGGGAAUUCAAUGUGA